AUGUCCACUACCGGUGUGCUGCUGCCAUCAGGCGGGGGAUACCACUACGGCGGCGACGGCGGUGGUCAUCAUCCGACUGUGCCCGCGAGCUCCCGGUUGACCGCCAACGAAUCAGCGUUCCUGCCGUACGAUUACUUUCCAAUGUUUGAAUCGCAACCGCCGUACAAUAGCCUAGAAAACGAGUCCGAGCCCUAUCACAUUACCACCAACGGCCACCGAGGUAACGGCACGUUAUACGAUUAUUACGACUGUAGCGCCAGCCACGGCAACGUAUCAUAUUUGAAUGUGUCCUGCGAGACAAUCCUGAGCUACAGCAUCCCCCUGUACGGUUACUGCACUCCGGCCUUGCUGCUCGUAACGCUAACCGCCAACUCGUUGAUUGUGAUAGUUCUCAGCAAACGAAGCAUGGCUUCGCCGACGAACUUCGUCCUGAUGGCGAUGGCACUUUGCGAUUUGUUUACGGUGCUUUUCCCGGCUCCCGGGCUGCUGUACAUGUUCACAUUCGGAAACCAUUACAAACCCCUUUCGCCGGUGGCCGUGUGCUAUGCGUGGAACGCGCUGAACGAAAUUCUUCCGGCGAUGUGCCACACGGCGUCAGUAUGGUUAACGCUGGCCCUGGCCGUCCAAAGAUACGUUUACGUGUGCCAUCCUCCGACGGCUCGGACGUGGUGUACCAUCCCGAGGGUGAAAAAGUACAUUGCCUACAUCUGCAUAGCGGCCUUAGUUCACCAAAGCACGAGGUUCUUCGACAAAUCUUACUCGCUCGUAACGAUCGAGUGGAACGGCCAUCAAACCAACGUGUGCCACAUAGAGACCGCGGAUUGGGUGCACGAGUACAUUAGCGAAGAUUUCUACUACACCUUCUACUUUUCCUUCCGGAUACUGUUCGUCCAUCUGGCCCCGUGCGCCAGUCUCGUGGCCCUCAACGUGCUCCUCUUCAGGGCCAUGAAGCAGGCGCAAAUGAAGCGCGAGCGGCUCUUUAAGGAUAACAAAAAGCGCGAAUGCAAACGCCUGCGAGAUGCCAACUGCACCACGCUGAUGCUGAUAGUGGUGGUCACCGUGUUUUUGAUCGUGGAAAUACCACUCGGGGUCAUCACGGCGUUGCAUAUAUUAUCAUCGCUGAUAUACGAGUUCCUAGAUUACUACGUGGCGAAUCUCUUCAUCCUGUUUGCGAACUUCUUUCUUAUAGUGAGUUAUCCUAUUAAUUUUGCCAUCUACUGCGGCAUGUCGCGCCAGUUCCGAGAGACGUUCAAAGAGAUAUUCAUGAGCCCCGGCAAGGCAGGCGGCCCCAAAAAAGAAUGCGGUUCGUCGAAAUACUCCCUUGUCAAUGGACCACGGACGUGUACCAAUGAGACGGUUCUAUAA